GACCGAGGAUAGCAACCCGCCGCAACACGCGAUUCCGCCGACGGCGCAGAAGAAGAAGUUGAAGUAGAAGUCAUCAAUCCGGUGUGCGAAUCGGUUUCGAAGAGCAGCAGCGCGCGGCACUUCCGGCGUUUUUUUUUGGUUUUGUGGCGUCGCGUGUGCCACGCGGUGGCCCUUGUCGGUGGCCUCGCGGAAAUUGAAUUACUACCAACCGGUGAAGGACGCCUACUGCGCCAACUGGAACAAGGGGCGGUGAUGACAUAGACGCCCUUGUUUGCCGAAGCGGCGCGCGCUUGGCCUACCAGGAUCUGCUGCUGCCAAACUCAGAUGGUUUCAAACUCUGUGGUCGUCUUGUGGUGCGGAUAGCCCUACUCAGUGUCCUUUCUACGUCAAGUGCGAUUAUGUAAAGAAGAAGAAGAAGUUGAAGAAGUGGAAGAUUUGCAUUGGAUUGCUGGUUGGAUGGGAUGAAGCAGUAGUUGUGACAGCGCGUCGCUCAUCAGCUGUGCGAGAGAGAACAAAAGGAGAAACAGUGCGUCGUCGUGGUCGGCGGUGUGUCAGUUUACGGACGAAUAGCCGCUUGAAUCGUCGAUUUGGGAAGUGUUCCAAAAGGUGGUGGCAGUGUUUCGGUGCAGUGCAGUAUCGUGUACUAGAGCGAGAGUAAACGAUAAAAGUUGACACCGUAGUUAUCGUCUGGUGCCUGCCGCUGCUGAGAGCAAUGCAUAUUAAACGAAGAGUUCUGCUGGAGCUCGCUGAAGCCACCGUCGAAGGAAAGUUCAAGAAGAAAUGAAACCAUCGCCGACUCCGGAAUGGGGACGACUGGAAGGAUUUAGCAGUGAAACCAACAGAAGCAUGAAGUCAGCAUGAAGUCUCUCUCUCUUGAAAUAGUGUGAAACCCGACCAAGUGUGAAUCGUGCAAAGUGUGCUAAUUCAGUGUGCUUAAGGGAGUAGAAGAGAGAAGCGGAAUAAGUCGUCAAUAAGGAUAAGUGUGUACAUAGAGAGAAGAAUCGACACAAUCAUUCCCGCUACAACACGACACAGUUCAUAACAAGAAAAUCACGAAAGGAGAAUAAUACCCAAAGAAAAUAGUGAAAUAAGUAGCAGAAAAUUAAGCUCCGCAGCAAGUAGAGGAAAAAUAGCGUUCUUUCUAGUGAAUUUAUCUUCUUAUUCCCGAAAAUAUAUUAUCCCCGAAGCAAUAGCAGCGAAGCAACGAAGUUAAAUAGUUAUAAUAAUAAUAGCAAGAAUAAAAUAGUGGCGAAGAAGAAGCAGCAGAAGCAAAAGUAGCAGCAGUUUAGUAGUGAAAGUAGUGAAAGUGAAGAAGGCGAAACAAAAAUAGUGUAAAAAUGCCUGUCAGACGAGGACACGUCGCUCCCAAGACGACCCUUAUUGAAACGAUAAUCAGGAAAUUUGAUACGCAUAACCGUAGCUUCCUAGUGGCCAAUGCGCAGCCGGAAUCGUGCCACAUCAUCUUCUGCUCGGAUGGCUUCUGCAAGAUGACCGGAUUCACGCGGGCCGAGGUGAUGCAGCGGUCGGCCUGCACCGAGUUCCUGCAGGGCCAGAUGACCUCCCAGGCGGUCGUCCAGUCGAUCAAGGAGGCGCUGCGGAAGGGCGAGGAGCAGCACUUUGAGAUCCUGUACUACCGGAAGAAUGGUGUCAAAUUCCUGUGCUCCGAGGUGAUAGCCCCGAUCCGGUCCGAGGUGGACGACAUCUCGCUGUUCAUCAUCAACUUCGAGGACCUGACGAACCCGACCACGCCGGAACCGAUCGAGCAGGUCAAGCUGAGCAAAUUUCCCUUUCUUUCAGUUGACCGAGCGCGGGCCAGCUUUCGACAAUCGUUCCGGAUCGGUCACAUUGCCCUGCGCGAUCGGGGUCUGCGGCUGGCCGGGUAUCUGACGCCGCCCUCGGAUGCCACCCAGGAGGAGGAGGAGAUCGGGAUCAACCGAAGUGCCAUUGAGAGGGGGUUUUGUAGCGACCGGGUCAGCCAAACGACGGUGCUCAAGGUGGAGACGAACAUCUGGACGCCGAUGUCGACGCCGGCGCUGACGAGGACCAAAGAACUGGAAGCGAUGGGCCCCGACAUCGACACGCUCAGCGGACCAGGCGAAAUUGUGAUAACGUCUCCGGAGACGGCCAAACUGGAAGUGACCCCGGUGGAGCAUUCGACGCCGACGAUCGUCGACGUCAAACCAGAGUUUCAGCAAACCAAAAGUUUAGACUUUGAUGUACAAUCAAAACUGCUGCAUUUUGGCAAGCAAACGCCUAACAAAUUUGUAGAUCCCGAAAACACUAAACUAAUCCACUCUUAUGAAAGUACGCACGCGAAAAAUUGUCGAGGGUUGAUAGAGAAGCGUGCCCAUACGAUAGACGAUUUUAUGCGAGGACCCACGAGUCACCAGGCUCGGCAGUAUUUCCCGUACGUGUCGUCCGAGAGCGACCUCCAACGCUACAAAGCAGUGCCAUUCAAGCAACAGAACUCGAGCCACGAGCCAAGAACCAGUUCAUCACUUUCUAAUGUGCCUUCAGACUCUACUAAAACUAAGCAGGAUAACGGAUCAGCGAAAUAUUUUCAGGGAACAAGACAAACAAUAAACAUGGGUGAAAAAGUAGCACAGGCACAAGAAAAAUGGUCGAGCGUCAGGCUCAGCUCCGACUCGAAAAAGAACCAGAUUAAGGUUGAAAACCAUAUCUCGACCCACUCGAACCUCAAUCUCAACGGACUCAGCAGCGAGAAGGGCGCACUGGGCAAGGAGGUCCUAUCGCUCGGCGCCGAUGUACUACCGGAAUACAAACUACAGAGUCCACGUGUUCACAAAUGGACAAUACUGCACUACUCUCCGUUCAAGGCGGUGUGGGACUGGAUAAUAUUAAUAUUAGUUAUGUAUACAGCAAUAUUUACCCCAUACGUAGCAGCAUUUUUGCUGAACGAACCUGACUUUAAUCAAAGAAAGAAUCGCAAAUAUGCUGAUGACCCAAUUGUGAUAAUUGAUUUAAUAGUUGAUGUAACAUUUGUCAUAGAUAUAUUAAUUAAUUUUCGGACGACGUUCGUCAACGGCCAGGACGAGGUGGUGUCCCACCCGGGCCGCAUCGCGGUGCAUUAUCUGAGCGGUUGGUUCCUGAUCGACCUGGUGGCGGCCAUCCCGUUCGACCUGCUGCUGGUCGGAAGUGAUACGGACGAGCUUGGCUUGGACAAAGAUGAGACAACGACUCUAAUUGGUUUAUUGAAAACGGCACGUCUAUUGCGUCUAGUGCGAGUAGCACGAAAGAUCGACCGCUAUUCGGAAUAUGGCGCUGCUGUUUUAGUAUUACUGAUGGCUACCUUUGCACUAAUCGCUCACUGGCUGGCUUGUAUUUGGUACGCGAUAGGGAACGCCGAGCGGCCCAUGAUGAAGAACAAAAUCGGCUGGCUGGACGCACUGGCGGACGCCACCCAGGAGUACUACUACGCCAACAACACCGGCGGUGGUCCGUCGAUUAAGUCACGUUACGUGACCGCCCUGUACUUCACCUUUACCUCGCUAACGUCGGUCGGCUUCGGCAAUGUCGCCCCGAACACGGACGCCGAGAAAAUCUUCACGAUAUGCGUGAUGCUGGUCGGAUCCCUCAUGUACGCCAGUAUCUUCGGAAACGUUUCGGCCAUCAUUCAACGGUUAUACUCCGGAACGGCACGGUACCACACGCAAAUGUUGCGUGUCCGGGAGUUUAUUCGGUUCCAUCAGAUCCCAAAUCCGCUGCGGCAACGGCUGGAGGAGUACUUCCAGCACGCGUGGACCUACACGAACGGCAUCGACAUGAACUCGGUGCUCAAGGGCUUUCCCGAGUGCCUGCAGGCGGACAUCUGUCUGCACCUGAACCGGAACCUGCUCACCAACUGUUCCGCCUUCGAAGCGGCCAGCCCCGGCUGCCUUAGAGCUCUUUCGCUAAAGUUCAAGACAACUCACGCUCCGCCCGGUGACACCCUGGUGCACAAAGGAGACGUCCUCACGUACCUAUAUUUUAUAUCACGGGGCUCGAUAGAGAUUUUAAAAGACGACGUAGUCAUGGCGAUAUUAGGAAAAGAUGAUAUUUUCGGCGAAAAUCCCUGCACGCACACGACGCUGGGAAAAUCAAACAGUAAUGUUAAAGCACUAACCUAUUGUGAUCUACAUAAGAUUCAUAGAGAUGACUUAUUAGACGUGUUAGAUUUAUUUCCGGAAUUUUAUGAUAGUUUUGUAAAUAGUUUGGAAAUUACGUAUAAUAUGAGAGAUGAAGAGCAAGCGGGCAUAGAGUUAAGGCAUCGACAUAUGCGACUCGGGUCCCAGGAUAGAGAUAGUGAUACGCGAUCCUACGUUAGAAGGAUAAACACGGUGCAUCAUAGACCGAGUCAGACCAAAUGUGAUAUUCCAAAUGAUAGAAGUUCGGGACAAUUGAGCACAAACUUCGACGACGAUCGAAAGUUUUCUAUAUCAGGAAUGAUGACUCAAAUAAAGCGAAGCAUUCCAGAUCUUAGAUCGAACAAACAUCAACCAUUGACCAGCACUUGUGCGUCUCCGAACGAAAGCCCCAAAAGCUCCCACAAGCACAGUCCGCCGGGUGAUUUGCAGUCGCCGAAGGGGGCGGCCCCCGAUGCCGUAACGCUCAGCGCCAUCAGCCAGCGGGCCUGCGUGUGUGGUCCCAAGGAGGGCGUUCUGCCUCCGCCACUUCCCCUGCCCGGUGGAGGAGGAGGUGGUGGCGGCAUGAGAACGAGCGGAACCAUCGACCUCAACAUCAAGUGCAGCACGGACGAGGACGGGUUCCAUCACCAUCACGGGGCACCGGGAACGAGCAGUCGGGAGAGGGACCGGGAUCGGGACCGGGACCAUCGUGACGAGCAUCGACACCACCAUUCGCACCACGAACAUCUAGGAUCAUCGGUAACGAAUCAGCUGUCCGCGCUAACGAUAAGACUAGACAACCUGGAGGGUAGCCUCAAGAAGGACAUUCGCACGAUUCUGGAUCUGCUCCAUCAGCAGCAGCAGCAAAUGCACCAGCAGCACCAGUUGCAGCAGAUGCAGAUGCAGCAGUCCGGCAAGACGGCAAUGUCCUCGUACCAACCGUCCGAGAGUGACUUCUCCUUCGACAUGUGUGGCAGUGGCGUUGGUGGGACCGGCGGCGGGGACUCUGGUGCGGCCAUGGCCAGGUCACAACAUCAGCAACAACACUCGCACCAGCACCAGCAUCAGCACCAGCAGCAACAGCAGCAGCAGCAGAUGCAGCAACGUGCCAGCGGAACCAGUGUGCAGCGGUCGGUGUCGCAGCCGGAGUGCGCCAACGAGAAAAGCCUUUUCAAGUGCUCAAAAUUUUCAUCAUUUAAUCAACCCAUGGACGAUACCCCGGAGGGCCACAACUGGAACAUUUUCGCCCCAAUCGCCAAGCUCGAGUCGUUGGACGAAAUUGACCAAGACAGCAAACACUCCACCGGUCAGGAGAAGCCUCAAUAACGCUUACUGUAGAAUGACGAGAAGACGUGUCGCUGCCAGAUGAUGAUGAUGCUGAUGCUGGCAGACCAACCACAGAAAUACAGAAACUUUAGCUCCUCUCGCCGCCGAGGGGAGUCGUUUAACGUUAGUGUGUACAUACUAAACUGCUUUGGAGGUUAUUUCAUAUACGUUCAUCUUUGAUUAGCUUGAUCGAGACUAGCGACAUUAAUGCAGAGCAAAAAGACACACACACACACUCACAACAACAACUAUUGUACAUUUUUUCAUAUAAAUAAUGAACAUAAAAAAUUUAUACGAGAUAUCAGCAGAUUUUUACGAUGAAAACAAAAACAAAGCAAAUAUUACCAGCAAAACAAAUCGCAACUAGUUAAGAAAAUCCCGCGCGCGCAGUGUUUAUAGCAAAGUGAUGAACUUAAGCUGGAUGGGUGCUUUAAAGGAAAAAAAAAACCAGCUCCAGCCUCUAGGUUUCAUCGGAUAUCUCUCUUGUUAUCAAGUUGUACGUUAAACGCAAGCCAACUCAAGAAGAAGCAGCAGCAGCA